CCUGAGCUACACGGCCUUCCGGAAAGCCGGGCACAGAUUCCGGCCUGGGCUGCCCGCCGUCUGGGACGCCACGACACCGCCCGGCUCGUGGCCGAGGAGCGGCCUGCGUGAGCCUUAGCAUCCGCCGCAACACGUUCUCCCAACGCACCCUGAGGAGCGCCGUCCGCGGUUAACAGAGAGACGUUGCGCUCAGCCCAAGUCGUGCGAGUACAGGGAGGCCAGACAUCAGAAGACGACCCUCGGUUCUGAGGGUGCAACGCCCCGCAACCAAACAGCAUCUGCGGCUGCGGGCGGCCCCGCCAGCUCCAGGUCGGGGGCCCGCCGAUUCCAGCUCGCCCUGGGCCUAUGUCUCCAGCUACCUUUCCUCUUCUUGGCCAGCGUCGCCUCUACAGGUAAAGGCCCGACCCAGCGCUCCUCAUCUUCCUCUUCGUUCUCCUGGGCCACCGCCACUACCACUGUCAGCUCUCUCUCGCUGCGUUCCGUUUUCUCCGGUUCCUCCGGCUCCCGGCGCCUUCGCCUCCGCAGCUGCGAAUCGCCACCACCUUCCGACGCCAUAGUGGCCGGAACGUCAGAAAAGGCGCGACAACGCGACGCACAGCCCUCCCGCCAAUCGUCACGGCGGCGCAGCUCGCGCGUCACCGGCCGAGCGAGCCCCGGGAUUGGCUGAGGUGGGUAAGCGCGGGUCCAAUCAGCGAGCAGCGCGCGCAAGGGGCGCGGGGCCGAGCGGACCUGGAGACGCGGAGGCUGCGCUGGGAUAAGGAAACUGAGGCACAGUUUGACUUGCUCCAGGUCACACAGCUUUUUUUCUUACAAGGCUAAGAAUUAUUAGGCAUGUCAGUGAAUCAGCAAGAUCUAGAUCCAGACAGCACUACAGAUAUGGAAGACAUUACAGAUGCUGAAGAAAAACUUAUUAAAGAAUGUGAAGAACUGUGGAAAGAUAUGGAAGGAUGUCAGAAAAAAUUAUCACUUGUUGGAACUGAGACACUCACUGAUUCAAAUGCUCAGCUGUCAUUAUUAAUUAUGCAAGCUAAAUGUUUGACUGCUGAACUCAGUCAAUGGCAGAAAGAAAGUCCUGAAAUAAUUUCACUGAAUGAAGAAGUUCUAGUAACAUUAGGAAAAGAGGAGUUCCAAAAAUUGAGAGUUGAUCUUGAAUUGGUACUCUCUACUGUUCAGUCAAAGAAUGAAAAGUUAAAGGAAGACUUGGAAAGGGAGCAACAGUGGCUGGAUGAACAACAACAGAUAUUGGAAUCUCUUAAUGUACUACACAAUAAAUUGAAACAGCAGGUUGUGACAUUUUCUGAAUCAAGAGUCUUUGAUGAGCUGAACACUAAAAUGCAUGACAUAAAAGAAUAUAAGGAGAAACUCUUGAUUACCUUGGGUGAGUUUCUGGAAGAUCAUUUUCCUCUGCCUGAUGGAAAUGUUAAAAAGAAAAAGAAAAACGUUAAAGAAUCAACUGCACAGCUGAUAACACUGCAUGAAAUAUUAGAGAUUCUUAUAAAUAGAUUAUUUGAUGUUCCACAUGAUCCAUAUAUCAAAAUUAGAGAUUCAUUUUGGCCACCUUAUAUUGAGCUGCUCCUUCGUAAUGGAAUUGCCUUGAGACAUCCAGAAGAUCCAACACAAAUAAGAUUAGAAGCCUUUCAUCAGUAAAAGGAUGGUCUUUUUUUUUUUUUUUCCACAUGGUACUUAAUGAAUCUUGUCAUUCGAGAAUAAUGGAAACACUGAGGAUUUACUUGGAUAAAGAACAUUAUUUGCAAAUCAAAGUACAUAGUCCCUCUUCCUUUUAUCCAUAAAAUGACACAUGUCAUCUACUAUUCGUUUAUAAAUGGCCCUUUCAAUUCAGUCAGUGCUCUCUGGUGUUUUCAACUGGAUGGAAAAGAAUGCAAGUAAAAAAAUAUUCUAGACUUAAUCAUUGUAAAAUUUGAUUUACCUUUUGCAGUAUUCUUUGGAAAGUUCUUUGUUAAUUUAUGAUAUUGCUAAUAUAAUUUUUUUCCUUUUGAAAUUUGUGAGUUUAUUUUAUGCAUUUUGAGUUGUGUUUGGUGCUUAUAUCUUUAAAUUUAGGAAUUAUAUUGGAAAGGCCAUUUAAUUUGCAGGUGGUUUUUAAAUUGGCAGUUUUUGGCAUAGAAAGAAUCAUAAUUUGAAUGUAUGUAGUAAAUCUGUUCCAUGUAUAUGCCUUAUUUCUAGAUUUUUAAAAAAGUUGAAACAAAACUAAUGGAUAAAGGUAGCAUGAAAACUAUAUUUUAGUAUGUAUUAUAUAAAUGAUAUAUAUUGAACUGUUCUUGGUUCUGUUAAUUAUUGCUAACAAAAUUCUGUUCAUAACAUUUUGUUAAUUCUCUAAAUAAAAUUCUCUUAUCUAAAAAUCUCUA